UUAACAUAUUUCUCUAAUAAACAAACAACCUUCUCUUUUUGACCCUUUAAAAUAUGGAAGAGGCCAAAGUUGAUUCUUUCGUUGACUCUAAAGAAGAGGAAGACAUUCAACAAGACUUUGACAAAUCUGAAACUGAGACCAAACUUAAUUCUUCGUCUACUAAUUUGGUUGUAGAAGAAGAAGAAUACAAUAUGGACAAAUCUAAUGCUAAGAAUAAUUCUUUGACUCAGCAGGACAAUGCUCAACUUGGUAUCCAAACACCCAAAGAGAAUAUGCAAAAGGUUGAUGGGCAACAGGGAAAGGAUCGUACUAAGGACUCUAAUGUGAUGGCUGCAAAUGCCGCAGAUAAGCAUGCUGAAUACGUUGGCGGGAAGCUCAAGCGGCUUGGCGAGACGGGUCCUGUUCAGAAGGUAAAAAUACUGCUACAGUAGACCUUUGGGCUUAAAAAUUGUAUCUUAAGAACAGUUGGAACUCCCCCUCUUUUUUCCGUUUUUGUAAAUUUGAGCAUUUUUGUGCAUUUUCUUGUUUAAAAAUUUUCUGAGGAAGGAGAGUAAAAUUGAG